AAUUUAAACUAUCGAUACUAUCGAUAGUCCCAUCGAUAAUUUGACAACUCUAGGUUGGACUGUCGUGUCUGUUAUAAGAAAUUAAUUAAAUAGUAUUUUUAAGUCGUAUGUAAUCAGUUUCCCUUUUUACCAGCGAAAUGUCAAGUAUGACUAACUUAUCCAGCAAUGAAAAAGGGGAACUUAUUGAGCAAGUUAAGCAACAAAUCGCAGUGGCCAAUGCUCAAGAAUUGUUGACUAAAAUGACAGAAAAAUGUUUCAAAAAAUGUAUUGGCAAGCCGGGCGUCGCAUUGGAUUCCUCAGAGCAGGUGUGCACAGCACUUUUAUAGUGUAUCGCAAAUUUGUACAUUGGGACGGUUGAAAUAAAAUAUCUUGAGUAAAAGUGCACCGUAGCAGUGUUGACUUUAGUGCACAUCGACAAGUGUGUGUUUUACCAAA